ACGCGUCGCGGCCCGUCCCUCGCAGCUCCCAACAUCGCACCCACUCUUGCUCCCAUUCCGCCCGCCCUUGCAGCAUCGGCAGGCGCACGCCCUGCAAUUGCACACGCUCGCCGCAACCCCCGCGCAAUGCCGAAGAAAGCCAAGCAGCCCGCCGCCGACAACAUGGCCAAGUCCAGGUUCUACGAGCACAUGAGCACCUCGAGCAUCCGCCCGCCGCCAGACGAGCUGUGGAAAGACCUGGAUCUCGGCCCCCUGAUUGACCGCUUCAAUGCCGAGUGCCUCGCAACCAUGCCCGCUCCUGCCUGGUCCGUCGCCGACGACAUGGCAGCGGCAGCAGCGCCCGCCGCCGUCACACAGAAGCGACCCGCGCCUGCGUCACGCACGCCGUCGGCGACCACCACCAGCCGCCACUCUGCAACCCGCACUGCACUAGAGCCGACAAGUGCGAACGAGGGCCCGUUCAGUCGCCUCUCCCGAGCGCUGACGUCCUGGUUCAACGGAGCCAGCUCGCUGGGCAAGCGCAAGGCAGGCAGCGAGACGGCAGAAAAGGCCGCCCCCGACACGGCCGCAGUCGACCGCAGGAAGGAGGUCGAGGAGGCUUAUCGGGUCGCCAAAGAGCAUGGCCUCUUGCCCACCCCCAAGGUCUUCGUGCGGCCUGCGCUUGCCGCGCACAGGGCCAGGGCGAUGAACAGCUCUCCUGCCGCAUCUGCCUCGACUAGCUUCGUAACCGCCAAUUCUCCCGCUGUGCCCUCGUUGGCUGCAUCUACCUCUACCUACGUAACGGCCACCUAUGCUUCCACACCCGUUCCUGCCACGCCCACACCCAAUGGCUUCACACUCGCUACUACUCCACGCACACCUGCCCUCUACAAAACCCCUUCGAAGCGCGACCUCAACAAGCAAAGAAAACUCAGCAAGCGCGUCUCCGAUCUCGAGCACAAACUCCAGGAAGCCCGGAAGGAACUGUCACUCGCUCUCGGUCCACACAAUCUACAUCCUGUCCCGCCGCUUCCUGUGCUACCAACAAAUCUCCCACCAACACCUACCAUGUCCCCGCAUGAAGCGCCAAGUGCAACGCCUCUUGAUUUCAAGAUUGUCAAGAAGCGCAAAACAACUCGCGAGGGCGACCACGAUGGUGAAUACCAGCCCAUCGCUACCGACACUGAAACCGAGACCGAUUUCUCUCUUGCACAGACAUCCGACUCUGAUGCACAAUCCACGCAGCGUUCCAGGACCACGCCUUCAAAGAAGCUGGUCAAGAAGAAAUCCUUCACUCUGAAAAAGAGAUCCACUUCCGGCAAAAGUGCCGAGAAAGAGCACAUCGUCACCGUUGUGCCAGACGGUCUUGCAGUACCUCCGAUUCCUGAUAUCCCCAACGGGGUGAAGGGCAAGAGAGCUGCAGUAAGUGACGAUGGUUAUGGGGGAUUGGAACAUGAAAUGUUCUGAGAUGCUGGCUUUGCCUCCCAGUCCAAGUGCUUUUUCGCUCGACACGGCCAGCUCAUGACAUUAAGCGGUUACCUUCAUUACCUUUUAGCAUAGCGAUAAGGCGUUGAGUCCAUUCUGGACCUGUUUUGGCGAGUUUUGGGUUUGCUGUUCUUAUUCUGUUCUUGUAUAGACUUCUUGUUUGUGGAAAAGGCGUUGAGUUAUCCAGAGCUCAUUCUGAGAUUGCUUUUGUGUUUGCGGCGUUGACAUUGGAUGGUAAUGAGCUGAUGAAGCAACGGAUUUCUUUGCUCAUUUAUUCUCUAAUGUAUGAAUGGCUGAGUGCUACCAGGCUAUCUCGUGAUUCAAUCCCAUCUUUU